UGCGAUUAUUUAACUAAGCCCAUUUUUUUGUGUAUCUAUCUCCGUGAUCUUUUGGGCAGAACCAAACUCGAGUGGCCACCGAUUGGUUAUCCACCUGUCGUCCUGUCGUGCGAUACACUAAAGGUCUGCAAUCACACCACUGCUUCCUUCUCUGCGCCAAACUCAAUCUUCCCUUGCCCUCUUGCGGCUCCUUUCCCAUUCAUCAUUCCAUUGUGCUGUGGAUGGAAGCAAAGCUUGUGCAAUGAGUGUGCUGUGUUCUCACACACUCUCGUCUCUUCUGACCUCAGCAAGCCUGUAUCGGUGUCCAUAUUUUCUUUUCGCCACUACGAGCAGUUGCAAAAAGGGUCCCAGGAAAACUCCAUUUGUCAACAAGCGAGAAGCCUUGGCCGUACAAACAAUAUCAAGACGAGAACCAUCGCGAACAGUCAUUCCAUCAGCAACUCACCGAGAUAACAUUAUGUUGCCGCAACGCUUCGAUCAUUUUUUGGUGCUGGAUUUUGAAGCCACUUGCACAGACGAUGGACCAAUUCUGCCCUAUCCUGAGAUCAUCGAACUUCCUGUGGCAAAAUUGGAUGCAAAAACGUGGACUGUAAGCUCGUAUUUUCACCAGUACGUAAGGCCUACUGCAAAUCCCAUCAUAACUUCGUUCUGCACACAUCUUACCGGUAUAAUCCAGGAAAUGGUUGAUAACCAACCUACCAUCGACGAAGUUCUGCAACGGUUCCACCUUUGGAUGAAACAUGAAGGAAUGCUAAGCUCUCGCACAGCCUUUAUCACAUGUGGAGAUUGGGACCUCGGUAUUAUGCUACCAUCCGAAGCAAAAAAUAAAAGAUUUGAAGUUCCUCAAUAUCUGCGCCAAUGGAUCAAUGUGAAAAAGUCGUACUGUGACCACACGGGAACAUUUGCAAAGGGUCUGAGGGAUUUACUCAAUGCUUACGGUUUACAGCAUGCGGGUCGCCUCCAUAGUGGAAUUGAUGACGUGAAGACUAUAUGUGCCAUUACUUCAGCCAUAGGCAAAGAAGGUUAUGUAUACAGGUCAGUUGCGCAGCAUGUUGAUUAG